AUGCCGCGGCGAACAAAAGCAGUUGCAAAGCGUAUAAAGAACUUAGUUCAAAGCGCGAAAAAUAGGGUAGAGCCAUAUGUCGUCAACACUGUUGAAUUUGUGCUAUCUGUAUUAUUGAGCGGCGCUACAUUUUGCCAAUCAGAAUUUCAAUUCAUGCUGAAUAACAUCAAAGUUCCGUCAGAAGCUACAUUUCAUCGAGUCCAAGAAAAGGUUGGUCGUGUUAUCAUAGAAGUUGCCAGAGAAUCUGUUAAUUAUUGGAAAUCUCGAAUGAGAAAAUGUUCGGGACUUUUGUUUGACGGUUCUUGGAGUCAGAGAAGAAAUGCAAUGUUUUGCUAUGUACAAUUUGUAGAAGAGAAACUCAAAAAAUUGUAG